ACUCUCUAAGGAUCGAUUUGGUUUUUAUACAUGGCAUGCAUUGCUGGAUUCAGAAUAAAGAAGCUAUUACAAGCACAGUACUGCAGGCAAUAAACCACCGCUUGUUCAAGUUGCACUAUUUGGGAUACUUCUGCCAUUAGAUUAAACUUGUGAAGAAGUAAAGAGGAGGCUAUGGCACUUAAAGCAAGUUCCCUCUCGGACAUUUACAUGAGGUUCAAGCCACACCUCCUUAUGGUUAUUUCUCAGAUUGGCUACACUUUUCUGUAUUUUAUCACAGAAGCUUCUUUCAAUCAUGGCAUGAAUCCUCAUGUCUAUAUUACCUACCGGCAUAUCGUCGCAGGCAUUGUCAUGUUCCCUUUUGCCUAUUUCCUUGAAAGAAAAACAAUUCCAAAGCUGACAAUACCUCUUUUUGUGGAGAUAUUUAUUCUCUCACUCCUCGGGGUCGGUUUGACUUUAAACAUGUACUUUGCAAGCUUGAGGUACACCUCUCCAACAUUUGUUGCAUCAGUGAUCAACACUGCAGCUUCCCUAACCUUUGUAACUGCGAUUUUACUCAGGUUAGAGACACUUGAUCUUCGAAAUUCUAGAGGUAUUGCAAAACUUCUAGGAACAAUGAUCUCCUUGGCCGGUGUAAUGAUCAUGACAAUAUACAAGGGCCCUAUCAUGAGAAAUCUAUGGCAUUCUCAUCACAUCCAUAUUGAAGGAAACACUGCUAUCCAUGAGCACUGGUUGAAGGGCUCAAUUCUUACUAUUGCAAGCUGUGUAACUUGGUCUCUUUGGUACAUUAUGCAGGCAUUCACAUUGAAGCGAUAUCCCGCUCAACUAUCACUGACAACAUGGAUGUGCUUUCUUGGGGCAUCACAAUCAGCAUUCUUCACAGUCAUCAUCCAACACAAACCAGCUGCUUGGAGGAUUGGAUUCAAUAUCGACUUCUGGUCCACCAUUUAUGGUGGAGUGGUGGCGUCUGGUUUAAUCAUUUUCCUUCAACUAUGGUGCACAGAAGAAAGAGGGCCAGUUUUUGUGACCAUGUUCAACCCCCUUUCUACGGUAUUAGUGGCAGCUCUAGCAUACUUUGUUUUUGGUGAACAGCUUUACACUGGAAGCAUACUAGGUGCAGCUAUUGUCAUCUUUGGUUUGUAUUUGCUAUUAUGGGGCAAAGAAGGUGAUCAGGAAGCUCACAUCAAAACAGAAGGGAAUUCUUAUUCUUCCACAUACGACGAGAACAACCCCAAACUACAGAAAACCACUUCAACUGAAAGGGAGAUACCACAAGGUGAACCAUAAAGAAAAAUCAUUUCUCUGACAAGCGAAGGGAUGUCAUACUGAAGAAGAUGAAUAGAAGCAGCGGGCAUAGUCAAAAUAAGAGUUUUAGUAGUUUUGGGCAAUUUCAAUAUACUUCCAUUAUUCAUAUAGUGGGGAAGCUGUGUUAAGCUUUGUUGCUCUACGUAAGCGAUAUUUGAAAUGAAAUUUUAAUCUCAAUAUAUUUGUCUCUCAAAAGACAAGAAGUUUGACUUCA